AUGCGAAAGUUGGAAUGGGACGACAUGGGAGUGAAGGUCGACGGUCUUCAGCUACACCAUUUGCGCUUUGCUGAUGACGUCGUACUGAUAACACCUAACCGAAUUCGACGAAACAUAUGGAUGCAUCGGUCUUCAGCUGAAUCUAAAAAGACGAUGUUCAUGCGGAACGGAUGGGUCUCGGAUGCCCCAUUCACGUUCAACGGAACGAACAUAUCCGAAUGCACCAGCUACGUUUAUCUGGGUCGGGAAUUGAACAUGACGAACGACCUGACCCCCGAGCUGGGCAGGAGGAGACGAGCGGCUUGGGGAGCGUACAAGAGCAUCGAACAUGUAGUGAAGAAGACCAGGAACACCCGGCUCCGUGCUCACCUCUUCAACACCACCGUACUUCCUGCUUUGACCUAUGCUUCGGAAACCUGGACAUUUCGCAGGCACGAAGAAAACGCGGUGAGCGUCAUUGAACGCGCAAUUGAGAGAGUGAUGCUAGGAGUAUCCUGUUUCACGCAAGUGAGGGAUGAGAUUCGAAGUUCUCUCCUACGUCAGCGAUCGAAAAUUAGAAACGCCGCCGCGUUUGCCAAGGAAAGUAAAAUACGGUGGGCCGGACACGUGGUGCACUUUAACGACAACCGUUGGACCAGAGCCGUGAGCAACUGGGUUCCCCCACGAUGUUAA